UGAAAAGGCGCUCGGCAAACAGCGCGCACUCAUUGAGUCAGUUAUAUUCUGAACACGGACAGCUGGUGCAUUUGAGCCCAAGAAAACAGUUUUCAGUGCUGAGAAACAGCAAAGAGACAGGCAAAAAAAAAAAGAGGAGGUGGAGUGAAAAGAAAAGAGGAGAGGUUCUUCGUGGAGAGAUGGACUCAGAUUCUGGGGAACAGAGUGAAGGAGAGCUCUCUCCAGGGCAUGAGAGCUUCAAUUCCAAAAGUUUGGCCCUUCAGGCUCAAAAGAAGAUUUUGAGCAAAAUGGCCACCAUGGCCGUGGCGAACCUCCUAACAGACGACACCAGCAGCGAGAUUCUGGACGAACUCUACAAGGCCAGUCGAGAAUACACCAAGAGCAAGAAGGAAGCCCACAAGAUCAUCAAAGAUGUCAUCAAGAUCGCUCUGAAGAUUGGCAUUCUCUACCGGAACCACCAGUUCAGUCCUGAGGAGAUGGAGACCGUGGAGCGCUUCAAAAAGAAGAUGAACCAGGCGGCCAUGACAGUGGUGAGCUUUUAUGAAGUGGAGUACACAUUCGACCGAGGCAUCCUUUCAGAGCUGCUGUUGGAAUGUAGAGACCUUCUCCACGAGCUGGUGGAGCACCACUUGACCAUGCGCUCCCACGGGCGAAUUGACCACGUUUUCAACCAUUUCGCCGAUGUGGAUUUCCUGACCGAGCUGUACGGCCCAUCUGAAGACUACAGACUUAACCUGAGGAAGAUCUGCGAUGGGAUAAACAAACUCCUAGACGAGGGCACACUUUAACGUCCAGCUCCAGAGACUCUACCGGGAUUCCAACUGAAGGACUUUUACGCAACUUGUGUCCUCUGGUUUUUGUUUGAAAUAUAGGCCGUCAUGAUAACUUGAUGAUGUGAUUGUAACCCACCUGUAGGGAUGGUCACCCAGAUGCUGAUUAAAGUCAAAUCCUGGUCUGUAUUGUCAACGUACCGUUGAUUGUUUGGGGAAAAUCCAUUUAAUUGGAAAGCCUGAGAGAAUCUGUGUCCUGAAAUCCUGUCCUUUUGUGUGCAAUUGCAGGAACGUUUUAAUUUACGAGCUCCUUUAUAUGCACUGUAUGGAAUUUGACCUACCUAUCCUUUAGAAAGACCCAACAAAGCAACCCUAGAUUUCUUCUGUAUGUUUAAGAAUUAGCCCAGUUAAUCUACUCGAAAGUUAAAGGGAUAUAGUUCACCCCAAAUUGAACAUUCUGUUGGCAUUUACUUACCCAAACCAAUGUUCCAAAUAAAAAAUAAUCAGCUUGUUCUAAAUCUGAAAAAAAAUUGAACAAGAAAAUGCUAACAGUUGAUGUUAGCCAUUGAUUUCCAUAGCAUUUGGAAAACAGUUAAGAGUUUGGUUCUCAAAAUAAUUCAGAAAUUCUUAUUUUGUGUUAAGAAGUGGGUGAGUAAAUGAUGGCAGAAUAUUCUUCUUUAUUUGAAUUUGGAUUAGGGGUGGAAACGAUCCCUUUAAUAGAAAAUAAAUGGCACAAACCUUUGUUGAACAGAGCACAUGCCAAAAUAAAUACAUAACUGAAAUUCAGCAGAAAGAUUGUAAAUAAACUUUGGGGUUUCGGUCUUCUGUCUUUGCCUUUGUAAUGAUGACUCAGUGUCAAAGCAGCUCCUAUGAUUCUGUGCUUGUUUUUUCCAGACCCUGGUGUUUCAGAGCAUGUAAGUAUAUGUAUACAGUACAUGCAGGAGAGAAAUGUGACUAUUCCGCAAGCCUGUUCAGUAACCCCAGAGUGUAGCACUAUUAUCUGCCAUUAAAUGAUCCAUAUGAACGUC